UUCUGUCAGCAUGAAAAACAGAAGCAGGAACAUUAAAAAUGACCUCUUAUUGAGAAACAACUGAACUUACACUUUCGCAGCUGAGCUUUCGGCUAUAGCAGAUUAUCGGAUGUCUGUGCGCACAGGAAGCUAAAAAUAUCAGAUCUUUAUGGAGGAAGAAGAAAAACCACCCAACACCACUGCUAAUCACACGGGUUCAUCAGCUUCUGUGCAUUUACCGCCACACCAGGAGACAUUACUGUAUAAUGCUGCAGACGCUGAUCUGUGUUUUGGCGCCUCCUGUCUGACCACAGCAGAACUGCAGCAGCACUGGAGAGCCGUCAAGCAGGAGUUCAGGAGCGUUAAACUGCUGUUCGACAUCCCCAGCGCCAGAAUCAUCUCACAAACCAUCUCCAAAUAUGUGGUGUACCAGGUUGUGGUUAUUCGCUCGGGCAGCUACGACUGUGAGCGCGUGGCUAUCGAGCGCCGCUACUCGGACUUCCUCCACCUCCAUCAGGAGCUCCUGUCCGACUUCAGCGAGGAACUUGAAGACAUUGUGUUUCCCAAAAAGAAGAUGUCCGGAAACUUCUCCGAGGAGAUCAUCGCUGAGCGUCGCGUAGCUCUCAGGGACUACCUGACCCAGCUCUACUCCCUCCGAUUUAUCAGGAAAUCACAAGCCUUUCAAUCCUUCUUCACUCAUCAGGAACUAAAAUCUGCAUAUGAUCUCCUGAGGGGUGGACGCUUCACCCGGGCCCUCGAGGGCCUGCAGAAGGUGUUGGUGCUUCAGGAGAAACUCUCUUCUCAUGAUGCUACGCUAGUGAUACCGACAUUGUGCGCCAUAUUGGUUUGCCAAAGGGAUCUAGAGGACUUCGAGGCUGCCUUUGAAACUGGCAGAAAAGCUUUGCCCACAGUGAGGAGAUAUGAGCUGCGAAAGCAUCAAGGGCCCCUGCUGGAGGCUCUGGUUGAUUUGGGAUUCAGUCUGGAGUUGCCGGUGGCUCAGCUACAGGACGAGCUGACCAGAGUUAAGGACUCUCCGUGUUGGAAAGAGACACAGAUGUCGCUUAAAGAACUGGUGGUGCAAGAGUUUGUAUGAUUUUUUGCGACUAAAAUGAUUAUGUGGCGAGUUUUUGCAAAAUUUGUGGCAAAUUUCUCUCCAUUUAUUUGCUUGUUUUGUUAUGAAAAUGUACACAAAUCCUAAUUCUUAUGACCUCGAGAGCUAUUGAUUUCUUGCCUUAAUGUAAAGGAAACACUGAAAGAAACUCGACUUUACCUUUACCUCAUUUUGUUUUCGACUAUGUCCCUUUAUUAAUCAGGGGUCACCACAGUGGAAUGAACCGCCAACUUAUCCAACAUAUGUUUUAUGCAGCGGAUGCCCUUCCAGCCGCAACUCAACACUGGGAAACACCCAUACACGCUCUUUCACACUCACAAUUUAGAUUACCCAAUUCCUGCAUGUUUGGACUGUGGGGUAAACCAGAGCACCCAGAGGAAACCCACGCCAACACGGGCAGAACAUGUAAACUCCACACAGAAAUGCCAACUGACCCAGCCGGGGUUCGAACUAGCGACCUUCUUGCUGUGAGGCGAUCGUGCUACCCCAAUCAUCACAUACUGAGAUUCAAAUGUACCUUGAAAUAUUGUUUGAUUGUGCUCAACUGAGUGUUAGCUAUAAACAUAAAAUAAAAAGUUAUAAUUAUGACGCUUGGAUA